AUGUCUUGAAGGUGUCAAUGUUGGAGACUGGGUGGCAAAUGCAGAUCCCGCAGUGACCUCACUCAUCAUCAUCCAGCCCAUCCUUACUUACCGAUACAUCAAAAUGUCCAGCGCAGCCUCAGAUGCCGCUGUCAACGCCAAACACCCGCCGCAGCCACCAUGUUGCCCAAGUCGAGCGCAUCAAUCACACCCCUGCGUGCCUUGACAACAUCUCGUCACCAGAUACCAGCACAUGGUUUUAUCCCCAACACGUCAAUAUCGCAUCGUCCACUGCUCAUCUAUCAUGGCGCUUUCCAACAGCCCGUCAACCCGUAUUCCGUCGAGCAGCACCUGACAGCCGUCGGCGUCGUCAGUCCCCAAUGGCGUUAUUCCAUGUACACAAAGACACACUUCCACAGCACGACGCACGAGGUGCUGGUCGUCACCGACGGACGCGCCCAACUCAACUUUGGCGGAGAAGAGAACCCUGGCCGAGUAGAGCCGACAGUCGAGCCCGGUGAUGUGGUUGUCAUACCCGCUGGCGUGAGCCAUCGCCUCUUGCACGAUGAAAGCGGUGCAUUCGCCAUGGUGGGCAGCUACCCUGUCAACAGCCAGCAGUGGGACAUGUGCUAUGGGGGUCCAUACGACGAGGAAAAGGUGAAGGAGAUCGGUGAAUUGAGCUGGUUCGAGAGGGAUCCCGUUUAUGGCGACGACGGACCAGCGCUGUAUGGGGAUUGAUUACAAGGUUACGCCUAAUGUAAGAAGACUGAUUUGCUUCCCGAAGGCCGACUUUUGCGAUGCGAGCAUGCGCAAUAUUGAUGCCUGCCCAAGCAAACAUACCAAUAAUUCCGAACAAGCAAACGUGCACCGGUAUAUCUUGCAUAUACCCCGAGGUUAUACACUGGGGACUUGUUUGCUCGGCAACCUCUCUGUUUUCAUCGCGUCCCUCAACAUGUCCUCGAUCAGAUGAGUUGCUGGUCAGGCGCAGCCAGUAGGAUUACCGCACCCACGACCAGUCGAAUGAAGAAAAUCAAACGCGGCCAAGAUGCGAUGAUGGUGUGGGUUCAUGAUGUGAGUUCAUGGUAGUCGUCUUGCCUGCACAGCGGGCAAGCUGCCUAUGUGGCAACAGCGUCUUU